AAGUCGUAUUUCACUCCUCUAAUAUGGCGUUCCCCAUUUAGGCAGCGGACGUGGUUUCUACCAUAGAUGGACGUGGGCAGUGCUGGGUUGAGAGUGUUGUGUGUCUAACCCAGACCGCGGGAUCUGCAGUUAAAGUUCGUUUCUGGUCACGACUCCAAAAACCCACCCUCCUCUUGAGGGUCAAGAAUCGCCGCUUUUUUCUAGUUCCCGCAAGUUCCUCAUCUGUCCCUGGCUUGUUCCCCGCGCCACCUCCGGACACCCUCAAGUCCCUGAAACCCUCAGACUCGAACUAUGAGCCUGCGGCAGCUGCUUUUGCGCUUGCCCCGUUAUCUUGGGGCCUCGGGUCCCCUGCGUGGCCCCCUCGACACCAUCUCCUCGGUGAUCUCCUGGCGUGGUCAGUCCUCCAGGUCCCCGGCCCAGUGGAACCAAGUGGUGUCAGAGGCGGAGAAGAUCGUGGGCUACCCCACGUCCUUCAUGAGCCUCCGCUGCCUGCUGAGCGACGAGCUCAGCAACAUCGCUGUGCAGGUGCGGAAGCUGGUGGGGACUCAGCACCCUCUGCUUACCACAGCCAGGUGGUGGAGAGAAGAUGGGGAACAAUGCAGUUUCCAGAUGUCAAGGUCUAAGGGUCUUGUACACGACAGCCAGAAUAACCUUCAGUUGAGGGGCUUGGUGGUGUUACUUAUUUCUAAGGCAGCUGGGCCCAACAGUGUGAAUGCUUCGUGUCAAAAGUAUGACAUGGUCAGUGGGAUCUAUUCAUGUCAAAGAAGUUUGGCAGAGAUCACAGAACUUAUCCAUACUGCUCUCCUUGUACAUCGUGGGAUAGUAAAUUUAAAUGAAUUGCAGUCUUCUGACGGGCCACUGAAAGAUAUGCAAUUUGGAAAUAAAAUAGCUAUCCUGAGUGGAGACUUUCUUCUAGCAAAUGCCUGCAAUGGACUCGCUCUGCUACAGAACACCAAGGUUGUGGAACUUAUAGCAAGUGCUCUUAUGGAUUUGGUACAAGGAGUAUACUAUGAAAAUUCUACUUUAGCAAAGGAAAAUCGUAUCACAGAUGAUAUUGGAAUAUCGACUUGGAAGGAGCAGACUUUUCUCUCCCAUGGGGCCUUACUAGCAAAGAGCUGCCAAGCUGCGAUGGAAUUAGCAAAGCAUGAUGCUGAGGUUCAGGAUAUGGCAUUUCAGUAUGGGAAGCACAUGGCUAUGAGUCAUAAGAUAAAUUCUGAUCUCCAGCCUUUUAUUAAAGAAAAGACCAGUGACUCCUCAACUUUUAAUCUAAACUCAGCGCCUGUAGUCUUACACCAGGAGUUUCUUGGAAGAGAUUUGUGGAUAAAGCAGAUCGGAGAGGCUCAAGAGAAAGGAAGAUUAGACUAUGCUAAGGAGUCCGCAACAUAGAGAAAUUCUGAAGCUGUUUUAUAGAUAACCUCAGAUCAAAUAUGGUCAGUAAGUGUGUAUGCCAAGACUGUAUCGUUGAGAUACUAAUCUACAUUUUUAUUCUCCUGGCAUUUCCUCCUUUCCCUUCCCCGUCUCCAAGCAGACAUUCCCAUCUGGGUUUAUUAUCUUAGUGAAGGGACGAGAUGUAGCAGAAAGUUGAAAUUGCCCUCAAGCUUUCGUUUCUAAAAUCUUAAGCCCCAGCAGGGAGAGGAUUUGAGCCAUAGGCACAAUGCGUGGGCAGAGGCAGGAGGACCCUGGACAAGGUGGUGGGGAAGGGCAGGCUGCUGUGUGGGUGGGCCCUCCAGCAGCCUGGCUGGGAGGCAGGCCUGCCCCCAAGAAGCUGUAGCUGUAGCUGGGAGCUGUGACCGCAAACUAGAGCCCUGUGCAUUACAUCUGACUUUGUUUGACCAUGUGAAUUUCAGUCACUGAGCAUUAUAAAUCUAGGCAAUUUUACACAGACGUCCAGGUUGGAGCUUCUCUUGAAUAAUUAGCAGAUUUGGCCACACUGUGUUCAGUCUCUUACGGCACCAAGGCUGCCUGCUUUAGAUAAGGAAUAAAUGCUCUAGUUUGCCAGAAUCCCUAGAAGUCAUCCCUACGCUGACGCCGGGGGUUAGUUGUCACUCAUCGUGGCACUGGCACUGCUCCAGGCAAUAGAAGAUGGUUCUCUUUACCCCAGAUUUUUUCCAUAACUGAAGAAACGAAACAUAAAGAUGGCUCAUGAAAGAAACAGAGGAGCUGGUGCACUUCUCCACGGAAGUGCAGAUGUUCUUCUGUGUCUGAUAGGCAGACUGCACGCUUCACUCGUGAGCUCUCCCAGCCUGCUCCCUGUGGGCAUUUGGAUCACGGAUUCCCUGUUCCAGGCAGCCUUGCAAAGAGACGACCGCGUCCCUGGUUGGGCAUGGCAGAGCCGCUGCCUGCAGGGUACAGAGCAGGCAGAAUGAUGGACAGCUCAGCCAGAACCCAUGUGGGCAGAUGCCUGGAGGCCAGAGGCCCCCGGAAGCUUCUGGUGGGGGUAGGGAGGACUCCAAAAGGGCAGGGCUCAAGACAGAAAGUAAAUUAGAAAAAUCGUUAGUUCACAAACACAAGUGUACGGACUGAGAUUUGCAUGCAGCACCUUUUCUUUCUGGCUGACUUGGUUACUUAGCUCAGGGGCUUUGA